UGGUGAGGUUUCCCUACAGUAGAUUGUGUCUCUGCCCCUCCCACAAAAUGUGAGAUUUACCCUCCUGUAGUUUGUGUCUCUGCCCCUCCCACAAAGGAGAGAUUUACCCUCCUGUAGUUUGUAUUUAUGCCCCUCCCACACAAUGGUGAUAUUUCCAAUAGUAGCUUGUGUCUGCCCCUCCCACAAAGGGGAGAUUUCCGCCCAGUAGUUUGUGUCUCUGCCCCUCCCACAAUGGUGAGAUUUCCUGCAGUAGUUUGUCUCUCUGCCCCCUCCCACAAUGGGGGGCUUUCCCUUAGUAGUUUGUGUCUCUGCCCCCUCCCACAAUGGGGGGCUUUCCCUGUGGUAGUUUGUGUCUCUGCCCCUCCCACAAUGGUGAUAUUUCCAACAGUAGUUUGUGUCUCUGCCCCUCCCCCACAAUGGGGAGAUUUCCUGCAGUAGUUUGUGUCUCUGCUCCUCCCACAAUGGGGAGAUUUCCUGCAGUAGUUUGUGUCUCUGCCCCUCCCACAAUGGGGAGAUUUCCCCCCAGUAGUUUGUGUCUCUGCCCCUCCCACAAUGGUGAGAUUUCCCC